AUGGAAUGCGAUCCCCCUGUGGUACAAUGGGCCGCGACGAAGCUGCUUUGCUUCGUAGGCGACGAGAGGCCGCGCCUCCCUUCCCUUCGCGGCCUUUCGUCGCCUAGGGAGAAGCUGCGCCUCCCUUUCCUUCGCCGAAUUUCGACGCCUAGGGAGAAGCAGCGCCUCCUUUCCCUCACGGUGUCACGUCGCCUAGCGAUAGGGGCCGCGCCGAAACUUUCCCCUUUGCGCAUGCUUAUCCCCUUCCCUUUUGCCGCCUCGCCAUCUCACAAUCCCACCUCCCCAAUUCCCCUUCUCGCUCCCCAUUACCCCUUCGCGCCUCCCCGUUUCCCCUUCUCGCCUCCCCAAUUCGCGUUUCCGCCUCCCCGUUUCCCCUUCCCACCUCUCCAAUUCCCCUUCCCGCUCCCCAUUACCCGUUCCCGCCUCCCCGUUUCCCCUUCCCGCUCCCCAAUUCCCCUUCCCGCAUCCCCUUUACCCCUUCCCCGCCCCUUCCCUCCCUUUCCCCUUCCCGCCUCCCCAUUUCCCCUUCCCGCCUCCCCAUUUCCCCUUUCCGCCUCCCCAUUUCCCCUUUCCGCCUCCCAUUUCCCCUUUCCGCCUCCCAUUUCCCCUUUCCGCCUCCCGUUCCCCCUUCCCGCCUCCCCAUUCCCCUUCCCGCCUCCCCAUUUCCCCUUCCUGCCUCCCCAUUUCCCCUUCCCGCCUCCCCAUUUCCCCUUUCCGCCUCCCAUUUCCCCUUCCCGCCUCCCCAUUUCCCCUUCCCGCCUCCCCAUUUCCCCUUCCUGCCUCCCCAUUUCCCCUUCCCGCCUCCCCAUUUCCCCUUCCCCUGCCAUAACCUUUCAUCGCCAUACCCUUCCAUCCCUUGUGAUACCCCCCUGUGGUACUCUCCCAUCCCCCUCCAAGCCCCAUCCCAUACCUUUCCUGCUCCCUUCCCGCCCCCCCUUUUCCCCUUCCUGCCUCCCCAAUUCCCCUUCUCGCUCCCCAUUACCCCUUCCCGCCUCCCCGUGUCGCCUUCCCUCUCCCCAUUACCCCUUCCCACCUCCCCCUUUCCCCCUCUCAUUUUCCCCCCAUUCACCUGCUCAUUUCCCCCCCUUCUUCCUCUCAUUGCCCCACGUGCUCCCUCUCAUUUUCCCCCUUUCUCCCUCUCAUCCCCCCCCCCUGCUCCCUCUCAUUUCCCCCCCUUCUCCCUCUCAUUUCCCCCCUUAUCCCGCUCAUUGCCCCCCUUUCUCCUCCUUAUUUCUCCCCAUUCUCCCCCUCAUUCCCCCAUGCUCCCCCUCAUUCCCCCCUUUUUCUCCUCUCAUGAGCCCCCUGCUCCCUGUCAUGUCCCCCCCUUUCUCUCGCUCAUUUUCCCCCUUCUCCCGCUCAUUUCGUCGCCUAGUGAGAGGCCGCGCCUCCCUUCCCUUCUCGGCCUUCCGUCGCCUAGCGAAGUACUCUCCCCUCCCUGCACUGCCUUUCCCCUCCCUGCACUGCCUUUCCCCUCCCUGCACUGCCUUUCCCCUCCCUGCACUGCCUUUCCCCUCCCUGCACUGCCUUUCCCCUCCCUGCACUGCCUUUCCCCUCCCUGCACUGCUUUUCCCCUCCCUGCACUGCCUUUCCCCUCCCUGCACUGCCUUUCCCCUCCCUGCACUGCCUUUCCCCUCCCUGUACUGCCUUUCCCCUCCCUGCACUGCCUUUCCCCUCCCUGCACUGCCUUUCCCCUCCCUGCACUGCCUUUCCCCUCCCUGCACUGCCUUUCUGUCAAAUGUUGGUAGCCUGUAG